ACCCACUGACAAAAAGGUCACACGAUCGUUAAUUAUUUUAUCCAUUUUUAUUAAGUAAUUUUCCGGUUAUUAAUGGAGCACACGAAAGGCGUGUUCUUUAUUCUUCUCUUCUGAAUCAAAGGGGAAGAACCGAAGGACCUAAGCAUCUUCUUUGAUCACUGGAUUGGAUUCCUGCACCCUCUUACUUCUACACUUCUCAUAAGAUCCUUCAGCCACUCUGCAACCUAGCAUGGCAGAAGAUACGAAUACCUUAAGUUAUUGGUUGAAUUGGAGGUUCUUCCUCUGUGCACUAUGGAUUUUGGCUGCUAUGGGCCUAGCAUCGUUUUUGAUAUGGAGGUAUGAAGAAUUCAGAAAAUCAAGGAAUGAGAGGAGAGAAAGGCAGCGGCGGCGAGAAACGGCUGGCUCUCUGUACGAGGGUGAAGCGUGGAAUACAUGUCUUAAAGGAAUACAUCCUUCUUGGUUGCUUAUUUACAGGAUUGUGUCUUUUCUUGUGCUUCUGAUUUUGCUCAUUGUUAAUGUGAUUGUUGAUGGAGGUGGCAUAUUUUACUUCUACACUCAGUGGACUUUCACUUUGGUCACCAUUUACUUUGGGCUUGCAUCUUGUUUCUCCAUAUAUGGAUGUUGUUUCAACCACAACAAACUUGAGGUCAACACAGCAGAUUCUGAACAAGGAACUUAUUCGGCUCCUAUACUUGAUGGGGCGGUAGAGCGUAACCUGAUCAAGAAUUCACACACUGAUCAGGAACCUCACACUUGGAAUCCUGCUGGUGCAUGGGGUUAUAUGUUUCAGAUCAUUUUUCAGACUUCUGCAGGUGCUGUAAUGCUCACCGACUUAGUAUUCUGGCUCGUUAUUUAUCCGUUUAUGACAGCCGCCGAUUUUAGGCUGCACUUUGUAAGUUUUGAUGUUUGUAUGCACUCUGUUAAUGCUCUUUUCCUCCUCGGUGACACGGCAUUAAAUUGCAUGAGAUUCCCAAUGUUCCGGUUUGCAUACUUCAUCUUGUGGACUGGUAUAUUCGUGAUUUUUCAGUGGAUCAUCCAUGCUUGUGUUUCACUUUGGUGGCCUUACCCAUUCCUUGAUUUGUCAUCGCCAUACGCACCCUUGUGGUACUUUGCUGUGGGUGUCAUGCACAUUCCGUGCUAUGGCGCCUUUGCUUUGGUCGUCCGGUUGAAGCACUUGUGGUUGUCAAGAACAUUUCCGGAGACCUGUCAGUUUAUCCGGUGAUACUAAACUCCACUCUACUCCCAUUCCAUAAUCCCCACAAAAUUGUUCAUGGGAUCUUGUUAUUUUUAUUUUUUAUUGUGGGGGAUAGAUACUUGUAUGUAAGAUUCAAGAUUGAGUUUUCAUAUAAAAGUUCUCUUCUCUAUUUUGUAAGCU